UAUGACAGAGAGAAUAUAGCUUCAAUGAUGGACAAAACUUAUAUCCUCUAUAUACAUACAUAUGCAUCACUAAGGGCUAGAAAAAUGUUUCGGAUGAACUUGUACAUUAAAAACAUGGGGCGUACAAGUGCUUCUCUACGCCAAGAGAAUGUCAUAAGAGGUCAUCGUUAUUGCAGAAAAAAUCAAAACAGCAUGUCAGCGCAUUCUUGACGCUAACUUUUCCAUUACCAAUCUGGGCUAAUCUAACGUACACAAGCGACUAAUCUAAUCCGUUUUGAACAAAUCAUUACCAACCGUAUUAGUAUAAAAGCAGUUUCAUCAAAUCAGCGCAAUUCUGUCAUCGUUGACCAGUGAAAGUGCAGUGUGAGAACGAGAGCAUAAAGUAUAUUUAGCUGCCUAAAUUACUUCCUUACAAACUUGGGUUUGGUUUAAUAGUUAUUGAUUACAACAUAUGUUGCUAUGGAUACGGUUGGGGGACAUUCAUAUAGCGAACAAAAUUCUUUUGGCAACUUUUCGACAGCAUUAACUCUUCAUGCCGAAGCAAGAAUGUCGACAGAUGUACGUCUAAUCGGUUGGAAUGUCCCACCCGAAGAAAUGCGUCAUAUACCCGAUCAUUGGCUAAAGUACCCUGAACCACCAGCCCAUUAUCAUUACAUACUUGGCACAUUGUACCUUAUCUUUACGACCGUGUCGAUGGCUGGCAAUGGUGUUGUGGUCUACAUUUUCUCUGCUGCCAAAUCUUUGAGAACGCCUUCUAAUAUUUUUGUCAUUAAUUUGGCUAUAUGUGAUUUCUUCAUGAUGAUGAAGACGCCCGUGUUUAUUUAUAACAGCUUUCACAAAGGCUUCGCUUUGGGCAAUUUUGGAUGUCAAGUAUAUGGGAUUCUCGGCGCAUUUACAGGCAUUGGUGCAUCUACGUCGAACGCCUUGAUCGCAUAUGACCGAUACAAUGUCAUAACUCGACCCAUGGAAGGGAAAAUGACUCAUGGCAAGGCCAUAUGUAUGGUUAUGUGUGUAUACGUCUAUGCUCUUCCGUUUGUCAUAGGGUGUUUGACCGAGUCUUGGGGAAAAUUUGUGCCAGAGGGUUAUUUAACAUCGUGCACUUUUGAUUACCUAACCGAUAACUUUGAUACACGCCUCUUCGUGGGUACCAUAUUCUUUUGUAGCUUUGUAUGCCCAACAUCGAUGAUUGUCUAUUAUUACAGUCAAAUUGUUGGACACGUCUUCAGUCAUGAGAAAGCGCUACGUGAACAAGCCAAAAAGAUGAAUGUUGAGUCUUUGCGCUCUAAUGUUGACAAGAGUAAAGAAACCGCUGAAAUUCGUAUUGCUAAGGCUGCCAUUACUAUAUGUUUCUUGUUCUUUGUGUCGUGGACUCCAUAUGGCGUUAUGUCAUUAAUUGGUGCUUUCGGCGAUAAAAGUCUACUGACGCCAGGGGUCACAAUGAUUCCAGCAUGCACUUGCAAAAUGGUCGCUUGUGUUGACCCCUUCGUAUAUGCCAUCAGUCAUCCCAGAUACCGAGCGGAAUUACAGAAACGUUGUCCGUGGUUAGCCAUUAAAGAAAAGUCUACAGAAGCUUCAACAGCAGGUUCAACUACUACCGAACAACAACAGACAACGGCAGCGUAAACAAUAUGAUUGAUUAACGUACUUUUUAGUGACACUGUUUACAUAAUUAUUUAGCUUUAUAUGUAUAGAUGUAAUUUAUAAUUAUUAUUAUUUAAAAAAUAACAUAUUUUAGCUGAACUUAAUUUUAUUUCCAACUUAAAAGCGAUGACGACUUGGCCAUGAACUUGGAAUUUCUGAGAAAUACACUAAUAUUGAAAGUUAAGGAACGAUCUGAUUUACAAUUUUAAUAAACUGUAUAAAAAUGUUUGGAACCGACGAAGUUACAACACGAAACAAGAUUCUCUUCAGUCAUGGAAUAGUUACAAAUGGAGUAAAUUUUUUGUGUAAUGUACUUAAAUUAAAUAAUUGCAACAUUUAGUUGUUUUCCUUACAUUGACAACAAGAAUUCUUCGAUUCUUGCGGUGAUAUUUGAGACGAAGUUGUGAAUUUAAGUCUUUGCUAAAACAACAUACAUAUUUAAAAUAUAAGUUUUUUUUAAAGUUCGAUCUGACCACGCAAUAAGACUUGCAUUGCAGCAACUCUGUUACACAAUCUGAGUUGUUGCUUACCUAAAUAUUCGUUUUGCUGCUUAUAGAAAAAAGUACAUAUUAUGCAUUAACACCUGUAUUUAAGUGCAAGAAAUUAUAUAAUUUAUAUAUAUAAAAUAAAAUAGAUACAAAUUUUGCAUCUUGCUUUAGUUUGGACACAUGAAACAUCAUAACUCGAAUUGCUUGACAUUUGCUAAAGCUAUAACAAUUCAGUAUGUAUUACUGCACUGAGUGAGAUUGAAGCAAGCAUGUGGCAAGCGCAUACAGGCGAAGGACACAAAGAGGUGAUCGAGUUACUCAUGCCCAGAGUCCGAUGAAGAAGUUCGUAUAGCAAUCGCCCGCAUAAAAAAACAAAAACGCGGUGGUGGCCAUGUAUUAUCGGCAGAGCUUUAAAUUGCUACGGCAGUGAAGAUUUGAUAAGGUGUAUGCAUCACUUUCUUAGCAAAAUGUAGUCGGAGGAAAGCAUACCCGACGAUUAGAACCUAAGCGUGCGCAGCUCAGCCCAAAAGAACAGUCUGUGCCAAUUACCGUGGUACCAAGGCCUUAUCAGUCUGGCUUUAGACCUUGCAAAUCAACCAUUGACCAGAUAUUGACCAUUCACAAAAGCUUACCAAACUCGGAAACUCUAAAAUGCCAACCACUCUGACGAGACCUACAAUUUGGAGGAGAAGUUCUUUUGAAAAUCUCUAAAGUGCUUAUGAAUUAUGUACAUACGUAAUUACACUUAUAUAUUUGGCAAAUUUUUUUAUUACCGGCGAUCUAAAAAAAACAUUAUUUACGUUUUUUCCAUCACUAAACCAAGUUCAGCAAAUAUUCUAAAAAAUCAAAAAUGAUUAGCGUGUCAUAUUGUGUCAUAUCAUCACAUUGUCUUAUAUUUUAUGACUAUCAUAUAAAAACUACUUGUUUUCAAUAUAAAAUUAAAAUUAAAAAUACGAUAAAUACAGCAUAGUGAGGUAUGUUUUUUGAGUGCGCUAUUCUAUAAGCCGUGUCUGUUUACUUUUUUCUUGUUGACGUUAAAGUCAAUGUAUGAUUUUCACAUAAAGAAGAUAUAACUUUCUUUGUCUCACUAUCAAAUAUAGAAUGAUUACAUGUGUCGUAUUUUUUAAGACUAUUUCAAUAUGACAUAAGACAUAAGACAAAGCUUGUGAAUAUAUAUGUUUUUAAAUAUACACAAUUGUGUUAAAAGUUUAUCACAAACAUUUAAAUACUUUACCAAUGUAACUUUAAGUAUAUUAAAAUAUACAAUUUGUAUUUAUUUAAUUUCUUUAAAGACUAAGAUACAUCGAAUAACUUGUAAUAUGGGGGUGCAAUAAGUACGUUAUACUGUUAUGUGGACUGUGGAAAUUAUGAAUUAACGUUAUUAUUUAUUUGUAGGUAUUUAUCUUUUAGCCAAAGCAAAGUAAUGUGAAAUAAAUAGAAUUUUCUUGCAAUAUAAUAAAA